GAUAUGUGUGACUCUGACUUUGGCAAUGGCAAGAUGAAGGAACCAAGUGAGGCUGGCAGGGGACGCAUGUCCUGGUACGAGCGGCUGGUGCAGCCCUGCCUGGUUGAGCUGCUGGGCUCUGCUCUCUUCAUCUUCAUUGGGUGCCUGUCAGUCAUUGAGAAUGUGCCAGACAUGGGGCUGCUGCAGCCGGCCCUGGCCCACGGGCUGGCACUGAGCCUCAUCAUCUCCACGCUGGGGAACAUCAGUGGGGGCCACUUUAACCCUGCGGUGUCCCUGGCAGCCAUGCUGAGUGGAGGCCUCACCCUGAUGAUGCUCCUUCCCUAUUGGAUCUCCCAGCUGCUUGGAGGGCUGCUCGGGGCUGCCCUGGCCAAGGUGGUGAGUCCUGAAGAUAGGUUCUGGAACACAACUGGGGCAGCCUUUGUGACAGUCCAGGAGCAGGGGCAGGUGAUAGGGGCGUUGGUGGCAGAGAUCAUUCUGACAGUGCUGGUCUUGGCCGUGGGUUUGGGCACCACCAAUGAGAAGACCACAUUCUCUCCCACCCCAUUCCGUGUUGGGCAGUCUGUCACCAUGGCCAUCCUGGCUGGGGGUACCGUGUCUGGAGCCUGCAUGAACCCAGCCCGUGCCUUUGGACCUGCUGUGAUGGCCAACUACUGGGGCUUCCACUGGAUCUACUGGCUGGGCCCGCUUCUGGCUAGCCUGCUUGUAGGACUUCUCUUUAGGUUCUUCAUUGGAGAUGGGAAAACACGUCUCAUCCUGAAGGGACAGUGA